AUGUACAGACUUAGUGGCACCUUGAAGGGUCACGAGCAAGACGUCAAGUCGGUUGUGGCGGUGGAUAACGAUAUAAUUGCCUCAGGGCUGCGAGACUCAACCUUGAGAGUGUGGACUCGUGGAGAUAAAUGGUCAACCACAGAUCCAAUCAUUGCAUAUCAUGCCGAAGGAAUCAAAUUCAUCAAUGCCGUGUCAUAUCUAGACACCCAUAGAGUGCUUGCUAGUGCUGGACAGGAGGGAAUUGUCUACUUGACCGAUAUAUCAACCAUUGGAACGGAACAAGAACCAAGUGCUGCCCUCAUUGGCCAUUCUAUGAAUAUCUGUUCUCUCACCUACAAUCAAGACACCCUUGUGUCAUCAUCUUGGGAUGGUACGGCCAUCGUGUGGGACUUGGAGUCACUGUCCCCUCGUCACACUCUCACGGGCCAUGAAGGGUCUGUUUGGGAUGCAAUUGCCCUUGGGAACGACGAAUACCUUACAUGUUCAGCCGAUAGAUCUAUUCGUAGAUGGAGUGGGUCCAAGCAAAUUGCCACCUAUUUAGGACACACUGACGUGGUUAGAAAGCUUUUAAUUCUCCCUGGUGGUCUGAAAUUUGCCUCUUGUUCUAACGAUGGGUCCAUAAUCAUCUGGGAUUUAAAUCAUGGAGUACAAAUAAAAAAGCUUUUAGGUCAUGAAUCCUUCAUCUAUGACCUUGCCUCUUUACCCAAUGGUGACAUUGUCAGUGCUGGAGAAGAUCGUACUGUCCGAAUUUGGUCUACCGAUGACGCCAGUUCAGCCGUACAAGCUAUCACUUUACCCAGUGUCUCUGUAUGGUGUGUUGAUACCUUGCCAAAUGGCGACAUUGUCGCAGGAGGGUCCGAUAAAGUACUCAGGGUGUUCACUUCAAAUCCAAGCAGAUAUGCUGAAGUAUCUGAGAUUCAACAGCUUUCCGAUGAUGUCAAGGGAUCCACCAUUGCUGAACAAACGAUGAAUGAGUUGAAAAGAACGGAUAUUCCGGGUUAUGAUGCAUUGACGCGUCCGGGGAAACAAGAAGGUUCCACCAUCAUGGUUAAAAACCCCACCGGGGUCAUUGAGGCACAUCAAUGGUCAUCUGGUGAAUGGGUCAAGAUCGGAGACGUGGUUGGGUCUGGUGGAGGUUCUGGUUCAGGAAGUGGAUCUAAAGUUGAAUAUUUGGGACAACAAUAUGAUUUUGUGUUUGAUGUGGACAUUGAAGAUGGUGCCCCACCAUUGAAAUUGCCAUAUAACGCCAAUGAUAACCCAUAUGAGGCUGCAGACAAGUUUCUUUCCGAAAAUGAAUUGCCGGCCUCUUAUAAAGAUGAGGUUGUUAAUUUCAUCAUGAAAAAUACCGAGGGAAUUGAAUUGGGUGGGAACAAUAAUACCGCCAUUUCUUCCUCGGCUCCAUCGAAUGAUCCUUAUUCCGACAGCUAUCAAAGGAAAAAGCAACAAACAUCCUCAUUGAAAGUAAUCCCACAAUUGGGGUACGUUUUCUUCAAUGAGUACAAGGCAGAUCAACUUAUUCGUGGACUUACAAAACUCAAUUCUGAGCAAGGACCAGAGUUGCAACUAACCGAAAUUGAACUUUCCAAUGCCUCAGAAAGUUUGAAAGCCUUGACUUCGAAGAAGGCAUUGGCUCUUAUCACGGAUGUGGUCCCAAAAAUCAUGCAAUGGACUGAAUCUUCCAGAUUGAUUGGAUACGAUAUCUUGAGGGUUAGUGUACAGAAAGUAACUACUGUGGAUAUUUUACAAUCGACCACUGCUGCAGAAGUCAUCUCCUCGUCAAUUAGUUCCGGAUUGUCCAACAUCUCCGAGACUACGUUACCACUCUUUAUGAUGCUUCUCAAGUUACUCAGCAAUUUAGUUGGUACCACGUUACUUUUCCAACUUUAUUUCACUUCGAAUGAAGGUGGCAAAGCUGAAUUUAGUGAAGAUUUUGUCAAGUUGUUACAAUCGUUGGCUGAUAUUGUGGGCAAUACUUUGACCACGGUGCGUACUCAUAAGCAUUUCACCGCUACCACACUGGCCUUGUCUACAUUUAUCCUAAACAUGUCGGUACUUCAACUCAAGAACUCCACUUUAACUCUGACUAUGGCCGGUCCUAUGGUUGACUUUACUAACUCUGUGGGUCCACUUUUAGCAGAAGCAAGCUCCGAAUCUGCCUAUAGACUUGUCAUUGGGUAUGCCAACUACCAGUAUGCGAAGGUUGCGUUUGAUGCCCCCUGGUUAGGUACAGUCAAGUCUCUCUAUGUUGAUAAGCUGGUUGAACUGCGAUUUGUUGAUGUUUUGCAAGAUAUCAAGGGAAUGCAGAAAUAAAAUUAGAAAUAAAAUUUGAACUCAAUAGAAAA